UUUAAUACCUUUUCUGGUUGUCAUCCUCUUUCCACUAAAUCCCACCAAAAACCCUUCAAAAUCCCAAAACCCUUCCAAAGAUAAGUUGCUUGGGUUCUUCCUUCUACCGCCCACCGUCCCAGGAUUGAACUCAACUCAGGAAACUCGGACUCGUGGAAUGAACGAUGGAGGUUGCGAUUACGAGAGGUGUUUUUAGUGCUAUUCUCCGAUCAGAAUUGCAGUUUCACGUCGGGAACCUAAGCCUACUUUUAGUGUAAACAUUUAUUAUGAGGAAUAUCGAGCUAAGGGAGGAAUGACGGAGGAAGUUCCUGGGAUUGUAGAAGCUGCUGAACCUCCAACAUCAUCACAAUCACCUGCUGAUGUGCCACAUAAUUUGGAAACAGAACAAAUGACUCCUACAAAGUAUUCUAUUAUCAGUAGGAAUGGGGUUGGGACCACAGGAAAACACAUACCUUUACUUGUGAAUCUCUUUGAAGUUGCUGUUAAUGUUCCAGACACAGUAUUUUUUCAGUAUAGUGUUGCUAUUACUUUCGAAGAUAAACAAGCUGUUGAAAGCAAGGGCAUUGGGAGAAAAGUGAUUGAUAGGCUUUACCAAACAUACUCUUCUGAACUUGGUGGCAAAAGGUUUGUAUAUGAUGGAGGGAAAACUUUGUACACAGUGGGUCCUCUGCCACUAAAUAAGUACGAGUUCAAAGUGUUGCUGGAGAAAUCAUUUACAAAACGCAGUAGUGCCAAGAGUCCUGGUGCUAAUGGAAGCCUUCAUGAGGAAACUAAAAGGUCAAAACAUUCAUUUCAGUCAAAGACAUUCAUGGUGGAGAUAAGUUUUGCUACCAAAAUACCACUUCAGUCCAUUGUUAUUUCCUUGAAAGAGGUUGAGUCGGAUACCAAUUCUCAAGAUGCUUUGAGAGUGCUUGAUACUAUACUGAGGCAGCGUGCAGCUAACUGUGGGUGUCUCUUGGUAAGGCAAUCUUUUUUUCAUGAUGACUCAAGAAAUUUCAAUGAUGUUGGGGCUGGUGUAACAGCAGUCUCAGGUUUUCAUUCCAGUUUUCGUUCCACACAGCGAGGAUUGUCUCUCAAUAUUGACGUGUCAACAACUAUUAUCAUAAAACCUGGACCUGUAAUUGAUUUUCUGUUAUCAAAUCAGCAAGUGAAGGAACCCCGUUAUAUUGACUGGGAAAAGGCGAAAAAAAUGCUUAAAAAUUUAAGGGUGCAAGCAACUCAUCAUAACCAGGAAUUUAAAAUUUCUGGGUUGAGUGAGAAACCAUGCAUUCAGCAACUUUUUAGUAUGAAGGUUAAAAAUGAUGACAACAAUAGCAGAGGGCAGACAGUGGAUAUUACUGUUUAUGAAUAUUUUGCCAAACACUGUGGCAUAGAGUUGACCUCAUCUGCUUAUCUUCCAUGUCUUGAUGUUGGGAAACCAAAACGUCCCGUCUAUCUUCCCUUGGAGCUAUGUUCACUUGUUUCCCUCCAACGGUAUACAAAGGUUUUAUCUCUGAUGCAAAGAGCAUCUUUAGUUGAAAAAUCACGCCAAAAGCCUCAAGAUAGAAUCAAAAUUUUAAAAAGUGCUGUAGGAAAAUGCUAUGAUGAUGAUCCUGUUCUUGCUGCAUGUGGCAUUUCUAUUGAGAAACAACUGAAUCUGAUUGAAGGUCGUGUUCUUGAAACACCAAAGUUGAAGGUUGGUAAGAAUGAUGAUUGCAUCCCCCAUAACGGAAGGUGGAAUUUUAAUAAGAAGACACUUCUACAAGCAUCACAUAUUGAUUAUUGGGCUGUUGUCAACUUUUCUGCAAGUUGUGAUACUAGUUACAUAUCAAGGGAGCUGAUCAGAUGUGGAAUGAGCAAGGGCAUUAACAUUGAACGGCCAUAUACUUUGAUAGAGGAGGAACCACAGUUGAGAAAAUCUCACCCUGUUGCAAGGGUUGAAAGAAUGUUUGACCUGCUUGCAUCAAAACUGAAUAGAGAGCCAAAGUUGAUUCUUUGUGUCUUGCCAGAGAGGAAAAUUUGUGAUAUAUAUGGGCCUUGGAAAAAGAAGUGUCUGAGUGAAAUUGGUGUUGUCACACAGUGCAUUGCCCCUGUCAAGAUCACUAAUCAAUACCUUACUAAUGUUCUUCUUAAAAUCAAUUCUAAGCUUGGAGGAAUAAAUUCUCUGUUGGCAAUAGAGCAUUCUGGGCAUCUUCCCCUGAUUAAAGAUACCCCAACGAUGAUUUUGGGGAUGGAUGUCUCUCACAAUUCACUUGGUCGAUUAGAUAGUCCAUCAAUAGCAGCUGUUGUUGGAUCUCGACAUUGGCCACUGAUUUCAAGGUAUAGAGCGUCUGUGAGAAUGCAGGCAUCCAAGGUGGAGAUGAUUGAUGCUCUAUACAAGCCAUUGGAAAAUGGGAGUGAUGAUGGUAUUAUCAGAGAAUUGCUUUUAGAUUUCUAUGAUUCUAGUAAUGGACGCAAGCCAACUCAAUUUAUUGUAUUCAGGGAUGGAGUUAGUGAAUCACAAUUCGAACAAGUUUUAACUAUCGAGCUUAACCAGAUAAUCAAGGCCUAUCAACAUCUUGGUGAGGUUAAUGUUCCCCAGUUCACUGUGAUUGUGGCACAAAAAAAGCAUCAUAUUAAGCUGUUUCUGCCUAAUGGCCCAGAAAAUGUUCCUCCUGGGACGGUUGUGGAUACAACAAUCACGCAUCCAAGAAAUUAUGAUUUUUACAUGUGUGCUCAUGCAGGGAUGCUUGGAACAUCCAGGCCUGUACAUUAUCAUGUGCUACUUGAUGAGAUUGGUUUCUCGGCAGAUGGCUUGCAAAAUUUGAUCCAUUCGUUGUCCUAUGUGAACCAAAGGAGCACAAUUGCAACCUCAGUUGUGGCACCCAUAUGCUAUGCUCACCAUGCUGCAGCUCAGAUGGGACAACUUUUGAAUUUUGAUGAUUCAUCAGAAACAGGUUCAAGUCCUGCUUCAGAGGGAGGCAUCCCCAUCCCAGAGCUUCCAAGGUUGCACAGGAAUGUCAGGAGUUCCAUGUUCUUCUGUUGAGGUGUGUAGAUGACAGGUGCUAGUAAAUACAUUUAGAUUGAUCAAAAGUGUAAAUGUACAUUUGGUAUAACCUGCAAACAUAUGAAGCCCAAAUUUUGUUUGAUGGGGAGAUGGAUUCGUGGGCUAGGGUACAGUCUACAUAUUAGUGAUAUGAAUUGUCAUUUUGAGACAUCAAUCACGGUAAUUGAGUCGCAUGGGCUUACUAGCUUUUUUGCAUAUAUUGCAGCUAUGAAAUAUUUCUACCCUUCCCUUUUUUUA